AUCCUAAACAAUCAGACCAGUAGCAUUAAUUGUCUGGUGUGCCAUUGUUACAUUUUCAUUUUGUUACAAAUGUUCAAAAUCAUCUUUUUUUUAAAGCAUGAUUACCUUUCAUUGAUUGAAGUUCCUUCUAAGAAAAACACUGUGCAAAGACUGUGUUAGAGGCUACUUUUCAUUUUUUACCAUCUGUGAUACAGCAAGAUUAAUACAACUUAAAGAGUUUGUCUCUGCUCCUGUAAUUAAAUAGUCUUAUAUCUUAUAUUUCCUAGUUCUUAAAUGAAGCUAAACUUGUGGAGGUCCUGAGGGGAAAACAUCCAAAAUAAAAAUAUCAUCAUAUUGAUAGAAAUUGCAUCUUUCAACUUUUUAACAUCCAAGCUGCCAGUGAAAUGUUUGGCAUCAUGUGCUUGUUUAUCAAGAGUGUAAAUAUGCAACCCAAUGCUUCCCCUAAGUCAGUGUUUCUCACACUGUUGGGGCACACCCCACUGAUGGGGCACAGGGUCAUGUCAAGUGGGCCGUGAACGACUUGAGAGAAAUGCAGAACAAAGGAAACUACGUUACCUGGCAUGUGUAUGUUACCACAGCGUCUAGCAAAACUCUCCACCGUCACCAUCUGCUGUGUACAUAGAGUCCGACCUGGACCUCUAACCUAAGUGGUUUGCUGGUGACCUGGUUAAUGCGAAGAAGUUAACUCUUCUUCACAUCACAACAUAACUUUUUGUUAUGUUUUGAUUCAAUUCAAACCCAUUGAAUCCACUCCAAAACAUAUUCAUUCCUUUAGACCAGUUUAAGCAUAUUCAAAGAUACCUGGUUGGGAUGUCAUAUUUCAUGUGUAAAGUUCAUUUGAGUUUUGUUUCAGAUUUCUACAAUUCUUCGAUCAAAGGCUGCACCUGAUGCCCAAGUUUGGGUGAAGUCUGGACCUAUUCAUACCGUUACAAUGUCAAAGCCUGAUGCUGACCCAGUAUCUAAACUCAUUUUACCAGUGACUUGAAAUUUCUUUGGAUACAAGUACACAACAACCAGGAAGGAGGAGUUAUUUAAUGUUCAAAAUGAAGUGGUCUGAAGUGUUAAUAUUUUAUUUCUUACUAAUUGUUUGGUGUGUCUGGCCCAUGCCUGGUGACUUUCUGGCCUCAGAUGAACACCCAGAUGGUGGACACAAUGAUGAUAUCCACCCCAACACUCUCACAGAAACAAAUGCCGAUGCACUGAACAUGGACGUCCAUACAACCAGGGACAUACCAGACACAAAUAUGGAGACAAACUGGGACGAACCAGAUAUGAGAAAGGACCACUAUGAGGAUGCUGACUGGCAUCCUCAUACCUCCUUUACGGAACUGCUCACCGACCUAACCCCUGAUGCCCCACUGGUGAUACGCAAUGACAACACUGGUGCUGAUGAUGGCACCAACCGACCCUUCAACCAGACUGUUGGAAAUUCAUCAGAAGAGUGUGGCGAGUUCAGCAGUCAGCUGACAUCUAAUGGCCAGUGCCAGCUGACGGCAACGCUGCCUCUGGUGGGAAAUUCUCAAAUGCCCUGCCCAGACAUGUUCCGGUGUACAGAUGAUGUUUCCUAUUGGCUCCAUGAAAAUGAAAACAGAAAGGAACAGCUGGAAGAGCUGCGAGAGACAAUGUCAGAGCUGCAGGAGGAGCUGAGGAACCACCGGCAUCGGGUCAAGGCCCUGGAGAUGCAGGGUGAAGAAAGUUUUAGCUUAAACUCAACCUUUCACCAGCGGCUGGUUUCUCUGGAGCGUCAUCAUGCUGAGGCCGACAUGCUGCUCCACGUGCACACAGCACUGCUGUAUGAGUUACAGGUGCAGCUCCGAAACCUGUCAGCCACCGCACACCAUAUGAGCUGCAAUACGGACUGCAAGGUCAACGUGAUCAAAGCUAUGGCCCCGCUCGGCAUGCGAGACACACUGCCACCAGAUGUACAGCCCCUGUCUUUCUGUCCAUCAGACUGCGCCUCUCUGUAUCGCAGUGGUGUCCGUCGUUCUGGUGUUUACACCAUCAUCCUGUCACCAGGCUCCGCCAGGCCUGUCUAUUGCGACAUGGAGACUGAAGGUGGGGGCUGGACCAUGUUUCAGCGGCGCCGAGAUGGGUCAGUGAGUUUCAACCGGGGAUGGUCUGAGUACCGUGACGGCUUUGGUGAGCAGCGAGGUGAACACUGGCUAGGCAACCAACACCUCCACUUGCUGACCAAUCAGGGCCACUACAGCCUCCGCAUCGACCUACAGGACUGGAGCCACGCCCACAAACAUGCCCUGUACCACACCUUCAGGAUAGAGGAUGAGGACAACCAGUACCGCCUGCAUGUGUCUGGUUUCAGCGGGACAGUGGAAGAUUCAUUUGGCUGGUAUCACGACCAGCAGGGUUUCAGCACCCCAGAUAUGGGAAACAUCUGCGCUGAGAUCAGCCAUGCUGGCUGGUGGUUCCACCAGUGUUUCUAUGCUAAUCUCAAUGGUGUCUACUACAAGGGGGGGCACUAUUCUCUGAAAGCUCAGAACUUGCUGGGACCCGAUGGUAUAGUUUGGUUCUCCUGGAAGGAUUCGGACUUCUACUCUCUGAAAGCAAUUACAAUGAUGGUACGACCACACACCUUCAGGCCACACCUGUCGCCAUAGUGCUAAAGCAACGCCAUUAAGUCCAAAGGCAUUAAGAGAGACAUGGCACUCAUUGAAUCCUGAAACAAAACAGAUGGGGGGAUCCUGCAAAGAUGGGGGGUUUUAAAAGAUUGUUUGGGACAGUUUCAGCAAAGUGUUUAAAUUUUCAAUAAACUGACCGGUGAUUCCAUACAUGCAGUUUUAAUGUCUCGGUGGCCAUUGAAAUAAAGCUGAAACCACUGCACAAAUAAGUGCCCAAUGGUAGCUGAGCAGUAGAGUGCCGAGAUUGCUUGUAGAAGGACUGGAAAAAUCCAGCAAGCAACCAAGAACUGGCAGAAGUACUUGUAUCAGGAACAAUUAUAUAUUGGUUGGCUGAUGAUAAUAGUCCCCAGAGGAAUGCACAAUUUCCUUUUCUAUACCCCCCCCCCCUUUUUUUUUUCAUAAAUAAUGAAUAAAAUUGUCAUCAAUUGCUUGCUCAUAGUAGAUUGUUGGAUUUAUUGUAAGAUCUGAACCACACAAAGUGCCCUGAAAUUACUUGAAUUAAAUUCAAAUGAACUCACCAGUGGCUUGAAUGCGAGAGCCACAGACAGGAUAGGAAAGUCAGAAAAUAAUGAAAGAUCCAUAUUGUUGGUUUGGGGGAGUUUAAGAGCAAAAAAUGAUUUUAUAUGGUGAAGAUUUCCUCAAGUGGGAGCAGCAGCAAACACAAACAUUGGGCUGUUGUGCAGCUCAAAGGCUAAUGCCUAAAUAGCACUUGAUUUCACAGCUAACAUCAGCAACCUAGAAAGUCCACAAACUGAAUACUUAGAUUCAAGACCUUACAACAACCAAGCCUGAAGGAAAACAAGCUACUUACUUCAUUUUUUGUAGUUAUUUGUACUAGGCAUGUGUGGGAUUAAAUGGACUAGAUGACCAAUCAUCCCUAUUGUCACUAGUUGGUACCAGAUAUUCUACUGUAGUCAGUUAGCCUAAUUGUUAAGAUUUUAAUUGCCCAGUUAUAUGGUUAUCCUAAAUGUUACACAGCCAUCUGUCACCAGAUAGAGCUGCAGCCCUGACAUCAUUAUAGAAAAAUGUCAUAACUCUGUUAAUCUUGGCCUGCUGUUUUUAUUAGGUCUAAUAUUGUUAGUUAUUUUUUAAGUUUUACAAUGCUACCUGAAGCACGCCUCCUGAGAAACACCUUCAUUUCCGGCUACUUCACCCACAUUUGUACAUCUUUUGCAGUAACUUGUUUUCAUAUAUUUAAGUUUGUUUUUUUUCUCAUUGUCUGUUUGGAUUAUAACAUGCUCAUGGGGUGUUCAUAAUGUGCGAUGCCACACAGUUAGGCAGCAUUUAAAUUGUGAUUCAUUACUGAGGAAUGUGGGUAAUGGUUUCAAAUGCCCUUGUUUAGAUAGUUUUUGACAAUGUCCAUUAAACAUUCCUAAAAUUUAA